CCGCCGCUGCCAUCUCGUCCGCCAUGGUCCAGUUGAUCGCAAGGCCGGGGCGCAACGCCGCUCGCCAGGCGAAGAAGGCGAGGGAGAUCCGACACGUCAAGGGCGCCAUCGUCUGGCACGAGAAGAAGCGAGUAGCGCGCAAGGAGCUGAUGAAGGCGCAGUGGGAGGCAAAGCAGACGUGGAUGCAGCGACAGAAGUGGGAGCAUGAGAACAUCACACAGGUCAAGCGCAAGGCCCUGCGCAACGCCGUCGAGGACUGGAAGCUCGGCUCGCUGAGGCCCAACCGUGCCGUCAACGUCGCGGACGGGAAGUACGCUGUCGUCGUGCCCACUCAGGUGCAGAAGCCCGAGAUCCCCACCAAGAUCCAGGCGAGGACCAACGAGGCCCGGGAAAAGAAGGGCUGCGCGGCCGAGUACCCGCUGGUCGUCGACGACAAGAAGUACUUCCCCAUCGUCAAAGGCGACCGUGUCGUGGUGACGAAGGGCAAGGAGAAGGGCAAGAUCGGGAUUGUCAUGACUGUGGUCCCUAGGACACACGAAGUUAUCGUCACGGGUAUCAACAUGGCCUACUAUGACUCGAAAAUCUUCAACGCUGGCGCCCAAGACAUCGGCCCCAGGCGCGAGAGCGAGAUGCCAAUCGCAAUGGACGACGUCCGUCUUGUUGUACCCUACGCCUCCACAUCGUUCAGCCGCAGCGGGCAGAGCAUCUACGAGGAUGUCAUCGUCGACAAGGUUCUGUUUGAGCGCCACAGCACUGGCAUUGACCCCUUCACCGGCACCGACUACGGCAACGCCGAGAUCCCCAAGCAGCACCAGUACGACCCUGAGACCGGCCUCCCCAUCUUCCACCGGUACAUCGCCGGCACACGCUACCGGAUUGCAUGGCCGUGGGAGACUGAGACAAAGGCGGCGGACAGCACCCUUCCAACACCCAACAAGAAGGCCGCCCAGGGCUGGCUAUCAACGACGCUGGGCACGCUCCGCCACCCCAUCACUACCCUCCAGAGCUGGCGAAACCCCACAAGCAAGAAGCCGGCUAAGCGCGCACCCUCCACCCUUCCCCUCUCCACCCAGGUCGAGAACAUCGAAGCCAGCGAGGCUCGAAACCAGCGUCGCGCCGUUCUCCGCAGCGAAGACCCCAAGCACAAGGACGCCCACGACGUAGUCGACACAACACGCAACAUCGUCGAAGGCUCCGAUUCAAUGAGCUACACACUCGUUGCUCCUCCCUUCCCCGACACCCUGAGCCAAGAACUGCGCGGCGACGUCUUCGAGAUGACCCAGACCGCCCGCCACGAUACCGACGCACCGUACAAGCCCAUUCGCGGCAAACACGUGAGCCCCAAGGCACAAGCAGCGCAGGCGUUUGCGCAGAAGAAGGCCAGGGCUGCCGAGCGCAUGAAGACCCCCAUGCAGCUGAGGUGGGAGCAGGAGCAAGCGAAGAAGAAGCUUGCGAAGAAGGAGGGCCCGGCUGUGGAUACCGAGACGCUGCUUGCGGCGCUGGGGCAGCACAUGUCUGCAAAUGGCGUAAAGCUGACCACCAAGAGGAGGGCAGCCAGUCAGGUUGAGGAGCUCGAUUAGACGGGCUAGGUGAGGUUACAAGGGGUUUUGCAUUUGCAUGGGUGAGGCUUGUCACUUGUAGCAUAUUGUAGAUAGAUAUAUAAGACGUUGGGUUCGCUUUUUUUUUUAUUUUUUUUUGUACAGUAAAGGUGGGCGGCAUGAGGUUGUAGGAAUGCAUCGAAGACUGAAUGAAUAUCACACAUGUGUUUCA